AUGCCUCGUAUUUUCAAUCCAACAGCAACACCUGUCGAGUGCGAAAGGUCAAGUGUAAUAAGCCCAUGGACCCAUAGCAUUGGCGCCCCGUCUUACAUGAGGCUAGGCGACGAAGCAGUUCCGAUCUGUCAACGAUGCUCCAAGGCAAAGCGAUACUGCGACCGCAGCACAUCUCUUCCACGAUUUCACAAUAAGAGCAUGGAAGAUGAGACCGAAGCUGAACAAGCCUUGGCCCCAGGAACGCUUCCGUCGCCGGAAAAGCCACGAAACGCCCUUUUGAAUCCUUCAAUCGCGCACUAUUUUCACCACUACAUCACUAAUAUUGCGCCUUGGUAUGAUCUCAGCGACAGUUCUUACUUAUUUGGGACAAAGCUGCCCGAGAUCGCGUUAGAAAGCUCACUGCCAUUUGCCGCGAUUCUGGCUCUUUCUGCAGUGCAUAUCAGCCAAACGACUGCGCCUUCAGCGAAGGUAGCAGCUGAGUUUUAUCAUGGACAUUGCGUCCGUAUCUUGAUCGAAAUGAAAGAUGAAGAGGAUGGCGAGGUGCAUACGCAAGGCUUAGCACUUGCUUCUGUCUGUCUUCUUCGUUCAUACGAGAUUCUCAGUGAAGAGAUCGAUCCAAAUAGGCACCUUCGAGGCGCCUACUCACUGGCAGCUUAUCGAAGCCCCCUCAUAGAUUACCUAGGAUCCGGUCUUAGGACUGCAGGGUUUUGGAACUAUCUCCGUGAGGAUAUUACUUUCAAGCAGGCAUGGGUUGUUCUGUUUGAUAUGCUUCGCAGUUGGUCCGUAAAUCUGCCAGCUCGUUUCAGACCAUACUCACGAGAGGAUCGAGCAUCUGCGCUUCAUUACCAGCUCGUCUGCAUGGCCAUACUUUGCACCGAAGCAACGCCAGAGAACAUUGAGCUGCUGAAAAGUAUACAGAAUAACACACAGGAGAUUGGGGAUACGAGAGCAGAAAUCUUAGAAAAAUGUGGACUUGACCUUUGCGGCAUCGCUUUCACAGCAAACAUGCCUCCCGUCUUGGUCAAUUCAUUUGGCCCAAUUGCAUUCUGUGCAAGGUUCAUCCGUGACGAAGCCUCGCAGCAAGAGGUCAUCCGUCGUCUCAUGGCGUGCAAGCGAUCCACCGGGUGGCCGGUCCAACGACUCAUCUCAGACCUGCAAGUUACGUGGAGUGGACCGGACCAGAUGGACAGGCUCAGAGGAGAAACAUAUCCCGAGCUCGGAUUUGGAGGAGGUCUGGCAUCACUUACACGCCAACCGCAACCAGCCCGUCCGUUCAUCGUCCGCCCCUCAGAUGUCGAGGUGCGCAACAAAUUGCUUGGGCCGCGCAAUCUUGAGCUCGCUGUCCGACAUUUGCAUGCCGAUGGGCUUGUAGUCAUCGAAGAUGUCGUACCCCACAAGGACCUGGAUGCCCUCAACGAGAAGAUGACCAAAGAUGCGCGAUACUUGCAAUCCCUUGGCGACAAGGGGCCUUUCAAUUACAACCAAGGAAACUUACAACAAGACCCUCCGCCUGUAGCUGAGUACUUUUACAAAUCCAUCUUCACAAGUCAGCCCCAUUUUUACCUCAUGAUCAUGGAAGCACUAGUGUUGAUGAAGGCAACAGACCCUAUCGCAACCCAAAUCACAUCAACAGUCCUCGGGCCCCGUCCAAAAUGGACCUUCUGCUCCGCCAACUCGGCCAUGCCACCCCUCCCCGGCGCCUCACCCCAGCGGCAGCCUGUACACUCGGACGCCGAUUUUGAUCACCCCUCACAUCCAUUCGCGUUAGUUAUCAAUAUCCCUCUCGUGACUAUGACGCCUGAAAACGGAUCCACGGAGCUCUGGCUCGGCACGCAUACCGCCGACGUUUCGGCUCAAGAGGGCAAGCACGGCGAGCGGGCAAGCACGGCGAGCGGGCGAGCGGACGGAUCAAAGAAAGUCUUCUGGCUGAUAGACGGGGUCGAGGAGGUGAGGGUCAUGCUUGCUAUGAUCCACUUUGCGCCGUGGUAUCGUAAUCCGAUGAGACUGCAGCUCGGGGAGGAUGUGAAUGGUUUACUGGCUGGGCUAGAGUCGCAGUUGGAGAUUCCGGUGGAUUGGGUGAAGAAUGAAAAGGUUUUGGGGUCUUACUUGCAAAGGGAAUUUGGCAACAGCUACGACUUUGGUCAGGAGAAGUGA